CGGAAAUAGUGUUAGUACAAAGAUCGCGAUGGAGCCCAAGAAGCACCUCGUGCCCCGCGCCGACAUCCAGCACACGCUGCACGCCCAUUUCCAGGCGGCGAAAGCUCCAGAGAAGACCAAGGAGAAGCAUGUGCGCAAGCAUGUCGUCGCCUUCCUCCACGUCAAGAAGCUCAAGACGACGUCGGCCAAGCGCAUGUUUGGCUCCUUUGGCAACUCGACCUGCAAGCUCCUCUGCAUGACGACGCACGAUGUGGUCGAGAAUGGCGCGACCAAGGUCGUGGGCCAGCUCCACUAUGUAAACUUCCAAGCCAACUACACGAUCGACUGCCGGAAGACGUGGGCGCUCGACGACCUCGAGUCGCUCGAGGACUGCUCCGAGGACGUUGUGAGCUAUCCGCGCGGCAGCUUUCGCCUCAAGUUCCGCGACAAUAAGGACGCCAACGAGCCGUUCCAUUGGGUUGCCCAUGCCAGCGAGUCGCCGACGGCCAUGAAGGAGUUUGUUUGGGCGCUCUCUGCCUUGUACGUCGAUACGCAGCAUGUCGUGGCCGAGUCGACGUUUUCGCUGCAAGAGCUGGCCGAGCUCGCGACCGCAAACGACCUUGCAGGCAAGUACGGGCUCGAUGUGGACUUGCUCGCCUUUCAGCAAACGCCGCAGCACACCGAGCGACGCCGCAGCUGGGACGUACUGGAGGCCCCGGCAUCGCCCGCCAAAGACACCACAGUGACCAAGUCGAUCGAGGUGGCCGAUGCCGUCGCGCUCCUCGCGACCGUCGAUUGGGACACGGCGUCGGUCGAGUCGGUCGAAGCCGCGUGGCACGACCGCUUGCGACUGCUGGACGACGCCAACAUGGAGUUUCUCCUGACGUUCCAGGGCACGUCGAAUGGCGACGAGAAGAAGGCGAUGGACCCACUCCUCGCAGCCAUUGAUGGCGUCCUGCGCGAAGUCAAGAUGGCCGAAAAGUGGACCGAAGACGCCGACACUACGCUCGGCAACACGUCCGCCAACAUGGCGCAGUUCGAGUCGCUCAACAGCCAAAUGGAGGUUCACUUCAAGAACAGCGUCGCGCUCGAAGGCGCCCUUCGAACCCUCAUCGAGGCCGUCGACGUCCCGCGGGAGCUCCUCGGACCGCUUCUCAAGCCCGUCGGCAUCUUCCCGACCCAAAACAGCCCCGAAGCCGACCCGAGUGUUCUUGCGACCAUCGUCGCCGCAGUCCAGCGCGUGGACGCCGCCAUCAAGUCUGUCGACGCGUACCCGGCCAAGCACAUGGCCGCGUUCCAAGCUCGGCGGGACGAGUUUGUCGCGAUCGGGAGCAACUUUAGUGAAAAGCUCGCGGGCGGCCUCGACCUCUUUCUUCAGCAGCGCGUCAAAGCGUGUCUCCAAGAAAAGGCGCAGAACCGACGGCAGUCCGUGAGCUCGGCCAACGACAUGCCGCGCAAGACCCUCCACGUCUUUGGCCGCGACCGCGAGGCCUCGGCACUCCCGCCAAAGGACAGCCGUGUGCGCAGCCCCAGUACGGCGAGCGCCGACGACGCCGACUGGAGCUUUUGCAACGACACGCUCCAUCGCGAGCUCAGCAAGUACAAGGAACUCUGUUCCAGCGUGAGUGUGCUCAGCGGACGCGCCACGACGCACCUCCGCGAUAUUUACGCCAAGCACGUGGCGCAGAUCUACGGGCCGCACGUCCAGACGGUCUUUCGCGCACUCAAAGAAAAGCUGCCCAAGGCCAAGGCGGCGACAAGUCUGCCGGGCAAGUCGUCGUCGUGGAGCCUCACGCUGUCGUUCUCGCACGCGCCCGAAGUGGCCUCGACCAUUACCGCGUCGCAGCUGCUCAAGCAAGGCCUCGAUCACGUGCUGCCGUUGUGCGCGUCCGAGCAAGCGUUUGUGCAAGGCAUGUUCUUUCACAGUGACGGACCAGGCAUCGCGGGACAGCGCAAGGCCAAGUGCGAGCCGCCAGAGCUCACGAGCAUGAUGGAGGCUGUGUUUGAAAAAAUGCUCAAGCGGCUGAUCGACUUUGCUGAGGCCGGCGUGCACAGCAACAUGAUGGAAGCCUUGUCGAUGAUCGUCACGGCGCAAGUCGCGGCCAGCGACGUCAAGAGUGACUUUGUGACCAACACGCUUCUCUACUUGCAGCUCCACCUCAAGCGCGUCUUCUCCAAGUACAUUGAAGAGCAGGAAGCUUGGCUGGAACACAUACACCCGGACACGCGCCUCGUCGGCGUCCUCGGGCCCGUUCAAAAGAUGAUGACGCUGAUCGGGCGUCUCGAAGGCGCAGGCGAUGGCGCCCAUGACGAGGCCAUCUUGGCACCGAUCUACGACCGCCUCGUCACGGGUCUCUUUGCGUGGCUCGAGAAGGCGGCGACGACCAAGCCCAAGUACAGCCACCUCGUGCGCCUCGAAAACUACCAUUUCAUGCACGACAAGCUGACGGCGCUGAGCCUCCACGGCGGCCACUCGGACGUCGUGCUCAAGUACACGCAGCUCGUCUACGAUGAGUACAAUAAGAACUUGGCGGCGUACGCGGCGUGGCUCUGGCGCUGCGAGUGCGACCAAUACAUCGCCAUCUUUGAGUCGAUCGCGCGCUUGCUCUCGAGCGUGCCCGUCGGCGAAGUCCAGUUCCACGUCUCCAAGCACGACGUGCGCAAGACGCUCGAGGCCACCAACCAAACCCUCGAGAAGGCCAUCAAGCACAUUGGUGAUCGGCUCAAGAAGCAUCUGAGCCACAGCCCGAGCAUGGUCACCGUCGUGAGCCAGUCGCUGCAGACGGUCGUGCUCGAGCAGCAUGCCACGUUCGGCGCGAUGGCCAAAGACUGCUACGACAUGGAGCUUGUCCCGUCCAUGGCGCGGCUCACGUCGCUCCUCGCCAAGCUGCCAUGAUGUUGUACGGAUAAAGUAGACCACGUAUCCGUAAGCUCAAAAAUACCGGUGCUUUUCCGCCAA